AUGGCAAAAGAAUUAUGCUUCGAUAAUCAAUAAACUAUAAACUCUGAUGAAGAUGAUAAAUAAAUUGAUGUAUUUACCUUUCCUACUACUUUUUUUUUAUUUAGUGAAAUAAGUACUCAUUCUCUUUCCAAUUCAGAAUCAGCAAAUUUACCAAUCUCUUCUCCAAGAUAUAAAUUCAUGGGUGAAAAUUAUAGCUCAGAAUACCAGGAACUUAAUAUUCAAGCUAAAACUUUUAAAGAUAAAAAAAUAGCUUUAGUUGAUCAUAACUUAAACAAUUAAACGAAAAAGUGUUCUUUUCUUUUACGAUCAAGAAAUGAAUUUAUUUAAAUGAGUCAGUAAACUUUAAUCCAGAAAUAAACUAACUGUGAAUCAUUAACUCAAAGAAAUUCUCCAGAAAAACAAGAAAAAAAAGUGAAAAAUGGUCAAAACUUAUGGCUGCCCCCUAGACCAAAGAAAUUCAAUGAAAAAAGGAUUAUAUCAAAUAAAUUAAAUGGUAUUUUGAAAGAAAGUUGUAUAAAAAGCCCUGCAUAUGGAAAUUCUAAAACUCGACCUAAUUUCGAUCUAUUCAUAGGAAGACCUUCAAACAAAAAUGUUUCUUUCAAAUUUACUAUUGAAUAAAUCAAAACAAUGAAAAAUAUAAACAAAUCAAAUAUAUUCAGUGCAAUUAAUGAAAAUGAAAAGAAAACAAGGCUUUUUCUUGUUUGA